AGAGCAACAAUAAAAGAUCAUAUCCUCAUUUCUUGGCGUGUUCAACCUCUUUCCAAAGCGUAACUACAACUAAAAGCCUUUUAUCUUAAGCAUGCGCUUAACCAAUACCACACACAAAUUGAAAAAAAAAUACAAAUGUAUUUAUAUAAAGUUGUCCCUAUGAUUUUCGAGCAUCUUGAAUUGAGAAAACAGAUUUGAUAGAUAUGUAUCUUAGUCGGAGAAUGCAGAGCGGUAGUUACGCGGUGUAUAGGCAGGGACUUGCGGAGGUUUUGCACACAUACAACAAGGUUGAGAGGAAGACAUCUAUGAAUCCAUAUCCGAAGAUUAUUCUAUUUGGAAGAGACUAUAGUAAUCAAAUGAGUCCACAAAGUCUGAAGUUAUCAAAUCCGGUGAAUGCUGGGAAGUACUUUAGUAAUGAUUUCAACAACUCUAAGAUGCAAUCUUCUCCUCCAAACCCAUGGUUUAAUCUUCCCUCUUGCAGGGGAAGAUGGGUCAUAGGUUCUGUGAUUUCCGUGGUGUUAUCUUUCUGGAACAAUAAUAGGAUGCAACAACUGAAACGGAUUAAAGGGGAGGCGGAAUUGGCGGUGGAAGGGAUAGAUGCUGUAGCAGAAAUGGUAGAAAAUGUGGCGACGGCCACUGAAGACAUGGCUGAAGAAAUGGAAAAGAUUCUGCCUGAGCAAAGUAAACUUAAACAAGUGGUUGUAGUUCUGGAACACAUUUCAGAGGUUGCUGCACAUGAAGCACAUCUAACACAUGAUUUCCUUCAGAAGGUGGAAAAAGUCGCACACGAUUUGGAUGCGUUGGAGGCAAUGAUAGAGCCUUUGGUGGACAAAAAUGAGGCAAAUGCUGAAACGAAGCAACAAGAUGAUAAAAAAGAAGCAAACUCUGAGCCUUCACGCCACUAAUCUGUUCAUCAUCUAAUUUAGACGCCAAAAAUAUAUAUUAAAAACUCUCUGUAUAUUUACUUAUUUGUUCAUUCUUUACAAUAACUUGUGUACAAUAUUUUUAAAGGUAUAUUAUCAAAGGCAUAUAGUUCUUGACUGGA